UCUGUGCAGCAGGGGAUUAUGCUUUAAUCAGAGGCUGUAUGGGAAUUGCUUUUGUAUAGAUUAUGGGCACGGGGCACAUCCCCAGCCGUGGGGAGUCCCUGGCCCCGCAGGCUGCCGAGCAAUCUCGAGUCUCACGGAGCAGGGAUUAGCGGGGGCACGGGGCUGCCGCGGGCGGGUGUGCACCGCCACCGCCUCGUCUGCUGCCAGUCCCUUUGACCCCCGACUGGGUUUUUUUGGCUAAUCCACUUGUGUCUCCUCUGUGCUGACUCCCUACACCCCCAAUCCCCCCAUGUGCGUGGUUCUGGGUGCCCACAGCAUGGGGCUCUCCCCAGGACUUGCCCCGGCCCCAUUGGGUGCUGACCCAAUUUUGGAGCCACGGUGGGUAUGUCAGCCUGACCCAGUGUGUGCUGCAGGUCCAUGGCUCCUUCCACCUCCCCAUCACUGUGAUGUGGCAGCACCUGCUGUCCCCCUGCACUGCCACUGUCCCCUGCAAGCACCCUUGGGUGCAGCAAAGGGAAGGUCCUUCCACCCUGGCUGUGCCUUCCCCUCCUAAUGCCUUAAUCCGCCCCUGAUCCGCGGUGCCCCUGGGGCUGGUCCCACUGACCUUGCAGGCACUGGGACCCGCUGGGCACCUUGGGGCAAGAGCUGCCACCACCACCCACCAUGGCCUCCUUCUUCACGGCUGCCCUGAAGAGCUUCCAGGGGGGCAAGGACGAGUCCCCCAAGGGGUCCCCCAAGGAUGACAAGGCAGCUGCACUGUCCAGCAGCGUUGCCCGGGAGGAGUUUGAGGAGUACCAGCGGCAGCUGCUGGAGGAGAAGAUCGAGCGGGACAAGGCGUUUGCACAGAGGAAGGCAGAACGGGCCACGGUGCGGAUGCACCUGCGAGACAAGUACCACCUGGCCCAGGACGAGCGGGACGACGCGCAGCUGCACAUGGCUGGAGGGGCGGUGGAGCUGCCGCAGGACCUGGCAGCCAUGGUGCACAGCGAGGAGGAGGAGGAGGAGGAGGGCAGCGCCGGGGCCUUCGCCUUCCUGGCCAAGCUGCGGCCGGCGGAGCUGCCGGCGCUGCGGGACCGCGCUCUGGGCGGUGUGGGACAGCUCAGGGAGAAGUGUGCCCUGAUGUAGCAGCGCUGCCCGCCCCGGGAGCCACAGCUUGCGGAGGCUCUGGGUGUUCCCAGUGCCCUGACUGGGGCUGGGGGUCCCAAUACACGUUAGGCGUGGGUUUUCUCCCCCAAAACCAUCCCCACUUGCUUUCCCAGGGUGUGCAGGGGUGCGGAAUGGCUGGGUGCCUUCCAGCCGGUGUGGUCAGGUCCCUCUCGUGGUGCUCCUGGUGUGAGCCCCCAUAUGGGGCAGGUCCCUGACACUGUUACCCCCCUCACCAGCCCUGGCACCGUGCACCAUUUGGCUCAAUAAAUACAGCAUUUGUCAGCA